UACAGUCAGGGACAUAUGAGGUAUUCCUUCAAGCUGGUACUACUUCUGACGGCGAGUCACAAGAGUCGAGGAAGCAUGUGGUUGUCCUUAAUGACUUGUCAUGUACUUGUGGCGCACCCAGGCAAUACCAUUUUCCAUGUUCUCAUCUAAUCGCAGCUGCUCGAGCUCGUAACUUUGACUUAGAGAGGAGGAUACCUCAAGAGUUUACUAUUGAUAAACUAGUGUUGACUUGGAGUCCAAGAUUUAUUCCUUAUCGUGACGCGGGUGAGUGGCCUCCGUACGAUGGCCCAAAGUAUGUCGCUGAUCCAAGCAGUCGUUGGACCAAGCGUGGAUCCAGGAAGAGGACGAGGCACAAGAUGGUUAUGGAUCAGGUUGGUGGUAGGAGUAGAAGGGGAAGGAGAACACCAUUUCUUACCGACCCCGAGCAGUAUGAGUGUGGCAAGUGCGGUAGACUUGGUCAUAAUUCACGCACUUGUCGUUGGCAGAUUAGCGAGGAUGGCACAGUUCCACCUCCUCGACCCGUUCUACGACGAGAGCCACCGGGGGCGCCUUCUGUCGGAAGGCCAGGACCUAGCAACGCUUCGUUCUAGGACACACAAUGGGUUCCUAGACAUGGUGUUCGACGACAGGUACACUAAUUACCUAAGACGAGCAGGUCUAGAUGUAAUAUCGUACCAGUUACGACGCGGGUUGCCUACUAUUGAUUCGGCGGCCAUUACUGCACUUGUGGACAGGUAUUGUUAG